AUGACGAUUGUAAAUUUAAAAAGCAAGAUUAAUGAUACAAUUGAAAUGUGCAAAGAUAAAACACAAUUAAAUAUUGUAGAAAAUAAUGUAGAUAAUUUUUUAAAUGGCCGAUUAAAAAAAAAACGAAAAGACACAAAUAAUAAUUAUUAUGGAAAUAAUAAUAAAAAUAGAAAAAUAGAAAACUACAAAAAUACAUGGGAUUAUAAUAAAAUAUUAACAAAUGAAAAUAAUUUUAUAAAUUUAAAUAAUAUUUAUAACAUAGAAUAUAAUUACAAUGGUGAUAAUCAAAUAACACCCCAAUCUAUUAAUAUAACUUAUGAUACAAAUUUGAACAUUUUAUCAAAAAAAAAUAGUAAAGAUAAUAAUAGUGACUGUAAUAAUAUUGAGCAAAAUGGUAAGGAAGUUGAUAAUAAUUUAUAUGAAACCACAAAAUAUUUUAGUGAAAUAGCCAAUAAUAGUUUUGAUCAAAUUAAUAAUAUUGGUAAUUGUGAAAAUAUAAAAAAUAUCUAUAGUGAUAAUGAAGUAACAUAUACAACACAAAUCAUGUUUAAACAAAAUAAUUCCAAGGUAGGAUUUGCAAAUGAUAUAAAUAUGUGUAGUAGUUAUGUAAAAGAAAACAAUAUGACUAAUUGGUAUGGUAUGAAUAAAACUUUUUGUGAAUUAGACCAGGGAAAUAAUAAAAUUGACGAAGUAAAUAAUAAUAUAAACCCUCAAUUGGUAAACAAUAUUAACUAUACAUAUGAAGGAAGUGAGUAUUAUAUAAAUAGAGGUAAAAGUAAAUGGGAAAAAGAUUUUAAUGAAAUUCCCAAUUUAAAUAACACAUUAAAUAAUAAUAAUCGAAAAGACAAUGAACAAAAUGAAUGCGAGAAAUUAAACAAUUUAGUUGAAUUUAAAAAUUCUGAAAAAUAUAUUGAUAGCUAUAUAUAUUCCCUUUUAAAAGAUUUUAAGACAACUUGUUUUUAUUUUCCUUAUCUUCAUUAUUAUGAUAAAAAAAUAUAUGAAGAAAAAGAGGAUAAUAUUUUAAAAAUAUGUCAUCAUUUUCUAGAAUAUUUUCGUACAAAUAUAAAAAUAAAAAAAAAAAUUAAUAAUUUUAAAAAAAAAUUUUUAUAUUCUACAUUAAAUGAAAAAAUGGAAUAUAUUAACGAUUUUCAAUUUUUAAAUUUAUCACAUAUUAAUAAAGAUAAUUUUAAGGAUAAAUUUCUUGAAUUAUUAGAAAAAUAUUUACAAAAAAAAAAAAAAAAAAAAGAGCAAAUUUAUUAUAAAAUUAAAUCAUUUCGUAAAAUGGAAAAAAAAAUGUUCAAACUAAAAGAAAAAUGUGUAGAAAAUAACUUGUUGCAAUUUCCGAUAAUAAAUUUAGAUAAAUCAUUGUCUACCCAUAAUGAAAAUCCAAACAAAGAACCUAUAAAUUUUAGUGAUCGAAAUUUUAUCAUAUUAUAUAAUAAUGUACAAAAACAAAAAUGUCAUACAUAUAUAAGUAAUAAAUUAUCAUCUUAUUGUAUAUCUUACUAUAAAAAUAUAGUAAUAAAUUACAUUGAAGAAUUAAUUAAAAGUAGUUUACUUAAUUUUUAUCAUUUAUUUAAUUCCAAAUUGAAUGAAAAAAUAAAUAUGAAAUAUGAUAAUAUGAGAUACUUUGAAAAAAUAAUAAUUAAUAACCUUUCUUUUUAUAAAAAUAAAAUCAAUAAAAUGCUUUAUUAUCUAUAUAUCCAUAAUAUUAUAAAUAAAUCGUUGCAAUUUAUGAAACCCAAAAUAUUAUGGAAUAUAAAUACUAGCAAUGAAGAAAAUACUAAUUCAGAUGAAAAUAAUAAAAUAAUAAAAAUCAAUAAACUUGAAAUGGAUAAAAAUAGUGUCUUUUCUUUAGAGAAUAAUCAAAUAGAAAAUAAAAUUAUACUUUUUUACAAAUCAAAAAAAGAACAAUUAGAAAAAAAUAUAGACAUGUUUAUUUCAAAAUUAGCAAGACAUACUCAUACUGACGAUCUUAUUAAAAAUAAUGAUAAACUUAAUAAUGAAAUAAAAAAAAAUAAAACUUAUAAACAUGAUAGAUUAAAAUUGUCAGCAGAUUUGCAAAUAAUUUAUGAUGCAUAUUGUAAUGGAGAAAAAAUAAUUGUAGCUAAAAAUAAAAAUGCAUUACUAAAUAAUAAAAAAAAUUAUAAGCAUUUUAAUGUUAUAUCAAAAGAAACAAUUUUUGACUUUUAUGAUAGUAUUCAAAAAUAUAACAUAAAUAAAGACAAAUUUUAUACAAUAAGAAUACAUCCAGAAAAAACAAACAAAUUAGAAAAUAUAAAUCCAAUACAAAAUAAUACUUUUAAUAUGGAUAAUAUAAAUUAUUUUAAUGAAAAUAACAUUUCAAAUAAUUUAGAAAUCAUGUCUUUUCAACCAUCAUAUAUGUGUGGAAUAUAUAGCACAUUUAUUAAUCCUAUGAAUAAUAGUGGUUUUUCCAAUUUAAUAGAUUAUCCUUGUUUAUUUAAUCAAAGCUAUGAAAAUUUAGGGGUAGAUUAUUAUGAAAGUUAUAAGGAUUCAAAAAACGGUUAUAUUAAUAAUAGUAUUCGUGAUUUUUCUCGUAAUGUUGAUAAAAAAUAUUUGAAUAAUAUUGGCCCAUGCCAUUUGAAUAAUUCACAUACAAAUGAAAAUUAUAGCAACAUAUAUUUUUAUAAUCAGAACAAUUGUCUUUUGAACAAUUCUGGAAUAAAUAGCAUGUAUGAAGAUAACAAAAUUCAUAAUGUAUGUUUGGAUAAAAAUGGAAAUUACACAAACUUGAAAUAUUUUGAUGAUAAUUAUUACAAUAUUCAAACUUCUUCAAAUAAUGGAAAUAAUAUUUAUUGUAACGGGGAAUUUGGUACCGACGUUCAUAAUAAUGGGAAUAGUGGUAACCCUGAUGAGCAAGUACUAGAAAAUCAACAAAAUGAAUGCAAUUAUAAUAUAACAAAUUAUAAUUCAAUGAAUAGUUUUGAAAAAAAUCCUUAUAAUAUAUAUAAUUGUUCAAAUAAUACUUUUUCAUUUCAAAAAAAUCCAAAUGAAAAUAACUUAGAUUGCCAAAAUAUUUUUGAAAAUGUACCAAUAAGUUCAAAUUUUAUAAAUGAUAUACAUUUUAAAAAUAAAAAUAUACUAAACACAAAUCAGUUUGGUAUAUAUUCACCCUAUUAUACUAAUAACCUAGAUCACCAGUAUACACUUAGCAACAUAACAAAUCCUUACAUUUUUUCAAAUUUAGAUAAUGCUUCGAGUGGUAUAGAUUACAAUAUUAAUAGUGGCGAUCAUAUUAUUCAAAACAAUGAUAUAGAUAAUUAUGGAAAUGAAAAAGAAAAUUCUCAAACAUAUUUAGUGACAAAUGUUAUAAGUACAAAAAAUGAGAGUUUACAAAAUAAUGUAGAAAUAAAUGAGGAUAAUAAUAUAAAAACCGAGGAAGAAAAAUAUAAAUGCGGUUUUAAAAAAGAAAUUUUCUUAGAGCAUAAUAAUAAAUAUUACGAUAAAAACGGGAAUAUAAUCGAUACAGAAAAAAAAAAAAAUAAUAAUAUUGUAUAUAAUUAUUCUGAUCCUAAUGGUACAAAUGAAACCAGUAAUUGGAAUCAAACGGUAAGACAAGAACAAAAUUGCAGAAAAUAUUUCGAAGAAAAAUAUGAAGAAAAAUGCGAAAAUAAAAAUGACGAAAAUAGAGCUUCCAAUGAAGGGAAAACAAACCAAAAAAUUGUUAAUAGUAAGAAUAGUGAAAAUAUAAAUAUAUAUAAUAAUUAUAAAUAUUUUGAAAAUAGUCAUAAUAUAAUAAAUUCUGUAGAUAAAGAUUCAGGAGAUAAUCUCAUGAGGGAAUAUAAUAAUAAUAAUAACAAUAAUAAUAAUAUUAAUAAUAAAAAUAAUAAUAAUAUUAAUAAUAAAAAUAAUAAUAAUAUUAAUAAUAACAAUAAUAAUAAUAUUAAUAAUAACAAUAAUAAUAAUAUUAAUAAUAAAAAUAAUAAUAAUAUUAAUAAUAAAAAUAAUAAUAAUAUUAAUAAUAAAAAUAUAUUUAUAUGUGACAUGACUAAGGAUGAAAUAAAAAAUUCUGAAAAAAUUGAUAAAUAUGAAGAAACAAAUGAUUUUAGAGGAAUUAGAAAAAUUGGAGACCUGGAUAAUAAUUUUAAUAAUGCUCAAGAAAUUCUAAAUAAUUCUGUUGAUAAAAAUAAAAUUAAUUUAGGCAUAGUUCCUAUUGAAGAAAUUUUUUUUAAUAAUAAUAAUGAAAAUAAUAUAAAUAUGAACAAACAUAUUGAUAAUGAUCAUGUUAUCUUAAAUACCCAAUCAUAUAAUAACAAUAAUAAUAAUAACAAUAAUAAUAAUAGUAAUAAUAACAACAAUAAUAAUAAUAAUAACAACAAUAAUAACAAUAAUAAUAAUAAUAACAAUAAUAAUAAUAGUAAUAAUAACAACAAUAAUAAUAAUAAUAACAACAAUAAUAAUAAUAACAACAAUAAUAAUAAUAAUAAUAAUAAUAAUAAUAAUAAUAAUAACAAUAAUAAUAACAAUAAUAAUAACAAUAAUAAUAAUAAUAAUAAUAAUAUUUUAAAUAUAAAUGAAAGCCCUACUCCAACUAUUAGUCAUAUAAAUGACUCUGAAGAAAUUAUUUUAAAUAAGCCCAAUAAUCUUUCUAUUGACAAUUGCUUUUUUAAUAGUACCAUCCCCGAUAAUAGUAGAUCGAAUAAUUAUUCCCCUAUUGGUGGAUCAGUUUUAGAUACCUUAGACAAUAUGAACAAUGUCAAAAGUAUUAGUGGAAAGACUGUUAAUAGCAAUAGCUAUUUUGAUAUUUCUGGGUUUAAACUAAAUGGCUAUUCGGUAAGUAAUUAUGAAAAUAAAUUUAUCAAUAAUGAAUAUUAUCUGAACAACACAACAAAUAGAGAGAUAAUAAGCAAUGCAAAAAAUAAUAGUAAUAUUGGAAAAAUUGGUAAUUUUUCAAAUAGCCCAAAUUUAAAUAAAAUUAAAACUAACAUAAAUAGUAUAUUAAACAUAAAUAUACUAAAUAAUCAUAACAUAAAUAACAUAUCCCAGAAUACAAAUUACAGUCUUAAUAAUAAUAAUUUUAGUCACAAUAAUAAUUAUGAUAAUAUAGAUAAUGAUAAUUUUAAGGGAGAUAUAAAAAAUAAUAAAAUGAAUUUAUACUACAAUAAUGAUAAUACAUAUAAUAUGAUGGAUAAUGGAAAUAUAAUGAAUAUAAAUCAAAUGAGUCCUUUUUUUUGUACGAAUUAUGUAAAUACUCAAACUGAUUAUAAUAAUAAUAAUGGAGUUAAUACUUUUAGAGGAAUUAUUCCAAAUAAUGAUACAAAUGAUAAUCAAAAUGACGAAGUAAAUUAUAUAGAACCCAAAACUCCCAAAAAAAAAGGGAGAAAAAGUAAAAAAGAAAUUAAUUACAAUGAUAAUAAUGCCCUUAUUUUGGAUAAUGGAAAUAAAAAUAAUAAUAAUAAUAGUAAUACUAUAGCUAAUAUAGGUAGUUCAGAAAGUUAUGACGAAAUUGUAAACAAAUAUAACACACAAAUAAUGAGUAAAAUCAUAAAUAACUAUCAAAAUGUGAAUAUAUACGAAAAUAAUAAGUUGUAUGAAAAUGAUAAUGUACCCAUAUAUGAUGGAAACCUAAAUGCGAAUGGGUUUGAACACCCUUGUGACACUUUUAAUAUGAAUGAGUUUAUGCAUCCCUCGGUUCAUAAUAAUGCAAAUAUAGACAUGCAAAAUAUAGGAAAUUUAGAAAUAAAAAAUAAUAUAAAUAUAUAUAAUUACAACGAAAAUAAAAAAAAUAAUAUGGAUAUGCAAUACGAUAGCAAUAAUAUGCAAUACAAUAACAAUAAUAUGCAAUAUAAUAACAAUAAUAUGCAAUACAAUAGCAAUAAUGUGCUUGGUCAUUUUAACUAUUAUAGAAAUACAAUUGGUACUAAUAUUGGCGAAAUAAAUAAUAUUGGUAAUAAUAACAUGACGAACAAUUACAAUGUUUAUCCAAAUGAAUUAAUUUAUACAAAAGUAGAGAAUAUGAAUAAUAUAAUAAAUAAUAACACUAUUUAUAAUUAUAAUAAUAUUAAUAAUCGCGAUGACCUAAAUUCCACAUUUGAUGAAGAUAAAUUGUGUAAAAAAAAAGAAAAAAAAAAAAAAGAAAAAAAAAAUACAAAUAUAAAUAAAUCGCAAUCAUGCAACUUAAGUUCAUCAAAGAAAAAACGGUUUGGUCAUACGGGUCCUCCAACAGCAGAAAGAUUAAGUCAAUUACUUUAUGAAGAAAGCUUAUCAGUCCCACAAAUAGCUGCCCUAUAUGGUGUUCAUAGAACUACUGUUGCAAGGUGGUGUCAUAAUAGAAAAAUUAUUCAAAAACAAACUAAUUAUCAUGGAAAGAAAAAAAUAAGCACAUAA